AGUUUAACCGAAAACUGCCGAUUGGACCAAAGUUCAGAAAACAACAAACAACACGAACUUUACCGAGUUUAACCGGAACCUGCCGAUUGGGCCGAAGUUCAGAAAACAACAAACAGCACGAACUUUACCGAAUUUAACCGAAACCUGCCGACUGGGCCAAAGUUCAGAAAACAACAAACAGGACGAACUUUACCGAAUUUAACCGAAACCUGCCGACUGGGCCAAAGUUCAGAAAGCAACAGACAGCACGAAGUUUACCGAGUUUAACCGACAACUGCCGAUUGGGCCGAAGUUCCGAAUACAGCAAACAUGACGAACUUUACCGAGACACGACGCCCGACGAGCUGCUGAGCGCUGUGAUGACGGCGGUUCUGACGGAUGUGGGACUGUCGCCUGAUAGGCUUGGUGACGUCUGCGUAGGUAACGUGCUGCAGCCCGGCGCCGGCGCUCUCAUGGCCAGAGUGGCUCACUUCCUCAGCGGCUUCCCGGAGUCAGUCCCGGUCUACACGGUGAACCGGCAGUGUUCCUCCGGCCUGCAGGCGCUCCUCAACCUGGCAGGAUCCAUCCAGAGCAGAACCGUGGACCUGGGCCUCGCCUGUGGGGUGGAGAGCAUGUCGCUGCAGUCGAUCGGGAAUCCAGGAGAUCUGACCUCCAGACUGUCGGACGUGGAGAAGGCCAGAGACUGCCUCAUCCCCAUGGGAAUCACGUCGGAGAACGUCGCUGAGAGGUUCGGAGUCUCCAGAGAGAAGCAGGAUGCCUUCGCUCUCAGCUCACAGCAGAAGGCGGCCCGGGCUCAGAGUCUGGGCCGGUUCGACCAGGAGAUCGUCCCCGUCACCACCAGGUUCGUGGACGCCGAUGGCAAACAGCUCCAGGUGACGGUCGGCAGAGACGAAGGCGUCCGGCCGGGAACGACGCUGGAGGGACUCGCCAAGCUGAGGCCAGCCUUCACGCCGGACGGCAGCACCACGGCAGGUAACUCCAGCCAGGUGAGUGACGGGGCGGCCGCCCUGCUGGUGGGGCGCAGGUCUGUGGUGGAGGCUCUGGGGCUGCCGGUCCUGGGGGUCCUGAGGGCCAGCGCCGUGGUGGGGGUCCCUCCUGACGUGAUGGGUAUUGGACCGGCCAUCGCCAUCCCUGCAGCUCUGGAGAAGGCUGGACUGACUGUGGCUGAUAUCGAUGUGUUUGAAAUCAAUGAGGCCUUCGCAAGUCAGGUGAGUUGUCCUGGAGCAACUCGUCAGUCAGCAGCAGUAGAGAUCCUGGUUCCAUGUUCUCACCUCCACCUGGCCAUGGUGAUAACCGGCCCUUCCUGCUGCUCAGGCGGUCUACUGCGUGGAGAAACUGGGGAUCCCCAUGGAGAAGGUGAACCCGAACGGCGGCGCCAUCGCUCUAGGCCACCCGCUGGGCUGCACCGGCGCUCGACAGGUGGUGACGCUGCUCAACGAGCUCCGACGCCGAGGCAGGAGGGCAUUCGGAGUCGUGUCCAUGUGCAUCGGGACGGGGAUGGGAGCCGCUGCCGUCUUCGAGUACCCUGGACCGUAGCAGUGGACGGCAAACCAAGACCUGGAUACUGUGAUUAAACAUGAUCUGCCUGCUUAGAAUCAGCUAGCACACCUCUGAGGACCAGGACCUGACAGCAGGGACGACCCGGCAUCAAUAAUUAAGACCUGAAAUGUUUCUGUGAGCUGCACAGCUUCAGCAGAAAUACUGAGAAUGGAGUCUGAGGCUUAAAUCCACAAGUGCUUUCUGUCCCUGUGACUUAAUUGUAGCCUAAUGUAUUAAAGAGUCUGCUGCCCUCUAACGCUCUGAACUACAGAACAUCGUUUAUCAGUCAGUAUGGAGAUAGGUCAACAUCAACAGGAUGAGGAGAUCGGAGGAGCUUCAGGAGAAACCAGUUCCUAGAAACGUCUUCCAGAACCUUCCGUUGGUUUCUCCUGAAGCUUAGACCAUUUUGGAGUAAUUCUGGAGAAUGUUUUGUCAUUUUGGAUUAGUUUCACGUCAUUUUGGACUACUUCUUGACAUCUUAAGUCAAUUUUGAGCAAUUUUGGGCAAAUCUUCAAAACUGUAACUCGGAUAAAAUGACUCAAAAAUGGUUUAAAAUGACACAAGGUUUUCCAGAAUUGUUGAAAAAUGUAUUCAAAUUGCAAGCUUGUCCAAUAUGACUCAAAAACUGUCUAUAAUGGCAUGAAUCUGUGCAGAACUGUUGAAAAAACAAUCUAAAACAUGUUCCAAAUUAACAUGAGAGGACAAUAAAAGUGACUUGAUCAGUGAAAUAAA